GAGGGAGGGGCGAGGUGUGUGAACCAGGUAUCGCGCUUCCGUCGCUUCUUCCUGCGCGCCCGCCCGAGGCUGAGCGAGUGGUUCGACGAGCGCGGCAAUCUUCCCCUUGGGAGCCUGGGCCUGGCCUUCGCCGCCAAACACAGCACGCUGGUGGGCCUGUCCUUCGGGUCGAUGCAGUGCGUGGAGGAUGAGGGUGCCGCGCCGCCGGGCAAGAAGGCCUCGUUCGCGAAGGCGUGGUGCCUGGCGGCCGAAGCGCGGGAGCGAGAUCAG